UCUAGGCAGCAAGGUCCCGGAGCUUGCAGGCGCUAGGGGACACCAGGCAUACAGCACAGCCAGGAUGGGCCCCAGGGUGGCUUCCGCAGGCUUUGCGGUCUUGGUGCUGCUCCAGUGCUGCGCUGCCUACAAGCUGGUUUGCUACUACACCAACUGGUCCCAGUACCGGGAAGGGGAUGGGAGCUGCUUCCCAGAUGCCAUCGACCACCGCCUCUGCACCCACAUCAUCUACAGCUUCGCCAACAUAAGCAACAAUGAGAUUGACAUCUGGGAGUGGAAUGACGUGACCCUCUACGGCAUGCUCAACGCGCUCAAAACCAGGAACCCCAAUCUGAAGACUCUCCUGUCUGUCGGAGGAUGGAACUUUGGCUCCCAAAGGUUUUCCAGGAUCGCUUCCAACACCCGGAGACGCAGGACAUUCAUCAGGUCUGUGCCCACGUUUCUGAGGGAGCAUGGCUUUGAUGGGCUGGACCUGGCCUGGCUCUACCCCGGACCGAAAGACAAGCAGCAUUUUACCACCCUGAUCAAGGAAAUGAAGGCCGAGUUCACAAAGGAGGUCCAGCCGGGAAAGGAGCAGCUGUUGCUCAGCGCAGCGUUGUCCGCAGGCAAAGUCGUCAUCGACAGUGGCUAUAACAUUGCCCAGAUAGCUAAACACCUGGAUUUCAUCAGCAUCAUGGCCUACGAUUUCCACGGAGCCUGGCGUCAGACCGCAGGGCAUCACAGCCCGCUGUUCCGGGGCCAGCAGGAUGCCAGUCCUGACAGAUUCAGCAAUGUUGACUUUGCUGUGGGGUACAUGUUGAGGCUGGGGGCCCCAGCCAACAAACUGGUGAUGGGCAUCCCCACCUUUGGGAAGAGCUUCACCCUGGUUUCUUCUGAGACCGGUAUCGGGGCUCCAAUCUCGGGGCCAGGAAUAGCAGGCCGCUACACCCAGGAGGAAGGGACCCUCGCCUACUAUGAGGUCUGCGACUUCCUCCACGGGGCGACAGUUCACAGAGCCCUCGGCCAGCAGGUCCCCUACGCCACCAAAGGCAACCAGUGGGUGGGGUACGAUGACAUCCAGAGCAUCAAGAGCAAGGUGCAGUACCUGAAAAACAGGCAUCUGGCAGGCGCCAUGGUGUGGGCCCUCGAUCUGGAUGACUUCCGGGGCUCCUUCUGCGGCCAGAACCAACGCUUCCCGCUCACCCAGGCCGUCAAGGACGCGCUCGCUGCGGCCUAGCCGCGUCCUCCGGCUCUGGCUGGCCAGGAUCCAGAUCACCUGCCCUGCUCUGUCCCCCAGCUGAGCCUCAGUUUCCCUCCCUUGGACACCAUGCAGAGGGCCCCAGACGGCACUGAGCUUGGAGCUCAGCCCCGAGGGUCAGGGAGGCAGCCUGGGGUCUGUGGGGUCAGCCAGGGCCUCACGCACCCACCCGGUGUAGGACACAGGAGUGGGACGUUCCCCCCCCCCCCCCCCCCCGCAGGUGGCUGCCCAGCUCCUUCACCCCCCAGGGCUCCGAUCAAAGGGCACCAUCUGGCAAGCCGUGUCACCCUGCAGGCCGGCAUCCCAGGAGAGGCGGUGGCCAUACUAAUUAUACCCCCUGCAAAGCUCAACUUGAAACCUCCACUUGGGAACAUAAUCGCGCCUCCCAUCCUGCUUCCCUUUCCUGAUUCCACAGCUGCUCAAUAAAGAACCCCGGCUCCACAGCA